AUAAAUAUUUGAUGAGAAGUUGGUUGAAAUGAACGCGUUUGGUUCUCAUGGCAAAUUAUUACACAAUUUGGUGUAAAUGGUUAUAAAUGAUGAAAUUUACGAUUAACAUUUUUUUUCUUUAGAAGAAAGAUCAGUAUAUUUAAUCGAACAGUAAAAGAAAGACGGAACAAGAGAAUUUGUCCAUGUCUUCGAAUCUCACAGUAAAAUUUUGGUGCUCGCAGAAAGAUGACACGUAUUUCUCAAUACUGUAAUCUCAAUAAAAUCCUACUGCUUGCUAUUGGAUUAUGGCCUUAUAAACAAUCUAAAUUAACUCGAUUUCACUGCAUUCUUUUUCGUGUUAUUUUGUUAACAGGUAUUAUAUUUCAGGUGACACCGUUGAUAACGUUAAAAUGUACUUCAGAACUCGUUAUCAAAGUGCUGUCUUCGGUAUCUUUCUGUACAAUGUUUGUAAUUCAAUAUCAUUCAUACUAUCUUAAUAUUGAAGUUGUAAAAAAUUUACUAACACAGCUUGAACAUGUACAUAAUAAGUUAAAGGAUAAAAACGAAAUUGCUAUUGUAUACGAAUAUAGUUGCAUUGGCAAACGCUACACAAUUGCACUUACGGCAUUUGGUAUUUGCGGACUAUUUAUUCUUACUAUAACUCAAAUCUGGUUAAAUGCAAUUAAUACUAAUUUAACAAUAAUGAAUAUAUCUGAACCACGUUAUUUCUUUGUUAUGGAAUACUUUAUUGAUCAAAAAAAAUAUUUUUAUUUAAUUCUACUGCACACUUGCGCAGUAUUAUACAUCGGGGCAACUGUAAUGUUAGCAAUAGGCACACUACUUAUUACAUAUAUUGAGCAUACCUGCGGAAUGUUUAGAAUUGCUAGUUACCGCAUCGAGCAUUCAGUUAACCUGGACAUUCUACGACAUACUGUGCAAAAAUGUAAGAGUUUGAUGACCGAAGGCAUAAUUUGUGCUGUGCACAUUCACCGGCAAGCUUUAAAAUUGUCUAAACGUAUAUUGUCCACGUUUGAAGCAAUGAUAUCUUGUUUCACGGGAUGUGUAGUAAUUUGCUUUAGCCUCAACUUGUUUCAACUUUUUCAAAUAACAUCAUUUAAACAUAAUUUGAACGAAUUUGUACUGCAUUCCACGCAUCUUGCUGUAUUUUAUGCAUCUGUAAGCAUAUUAUACAUGUUUAUAGCCAACUAUGUUGGACAGAAUGUAAUCGACCACAAUAAUCACGUAUACUUUACUGCGUAUAACGUUCAGUGGUAUGGAACUCCUUUACAUAUUCAGAGAAUGAUAUUAUUCUUGUUGCAAAGAGGAACCCUACAUUAUUCUUUAAAUAUUGGUGGAUUAUUUGAUGCGUCCAUAGAAGGUUUUGCCACGCUAAUAAAAGCUUCGGUGUCUUAUUUUACUCUCAUGAAUUCUGUACGGUGACAACAUUAAAAUUAAUUUAUCAGUGUCAUUAAGACAAAUUAAUGAAAAAAUUGUAGUAUUCAAGCUUAGAAAAUAAAUAUAUUUUUUGAAUGUACAUUA